AUGCGCAAAUUCGAACGACAAUCUUGCCGUUACACAGCCGUCUUCUCAUAUGAUGCUUGUAACACGUGCUGCAAGAUCGCGAGCCGUGUGAACGAGAAAGUUCCGGCGAACAGAAUCACUGGCGCGUUGUUCGUCUUCGAUCCUGACAUGGACUUCCAGCGUUCAUCUGAUCAUCCUGAGGAGAGCAAGGACAAGGUCCUACAUGUGUUUGCUGCGCACCAAAGGCGUACUAAAACAUCACGAAACAUUACGUCUCAGUUUCCAUUUGAAUGUAAUCUUUAG